CAGUGUGUGCGUAACAGCGGCAACCUCGUUCGGCGUCGGUAGGCGUCGCGACGCGGGAUCUCGCACGUCGUGCAGCAUGGGCCGCGUUCGUACGUGGAACAUCGCGAUUGUAGCUGCCGUCGUCUUGUUGGAAUGUGGCGGUUUUUCACAGGGUCACCAGUGCUGGAGCGAAGUACCAGUUGAUGAUACAGACUGCACAGCUUUAAGAGAUUUCUGCUACGUCUUCCAGCCGUACCAUCACAACCACACGGCGGUGCUGGUGAUGGACCUGAGGCGGCCCAUCGCAGACCUGCUGGUGCGCCUGCGCAGUGCGGACUGCGAGUUCCACUGCGACAGGGCCGACUCCGCGCCUUGCAACGUCACCAUCCAGGCCGCCACACAGCCCAGCCGGGUGGUGCGUCUCGGAAAGCAUUUCGUGAAGCAGCGUUACGCAUUCCACAACAUCGUCGGAAGAUACUAUUGCGCAACGGUGUCACUAGAUAGUUGCGGAAAACUUUCCGAUGUGUACGACACGUCCACUGACAGCUUUGAAGCGGUCGCGAACGCCUCGCUCAAGAGACCAGUGCGCCUUGUGCAGACUACGCAGCCUCUGGUGGCCAUCGCGAUCUCCGUGUCGCUGGCGGUCGGUGUGCUGUUCUUAGUGGCUGCCUACUGCAUCAAAAGUAAGUGCAUCUACUUCCGUUAUUAG